CUCCACAGUGCUACUGGAGCAAUUGGGAGGGGAGGGUUUUUCUGUCAAUAAUACCUCUUUUGUGAUUCUUCUAUGAGAGGAAUUCUUUUUUAUGUAAAUAAUCGAAACGCUAACAUUCCUGAACGAAUUGCCAGAAAAUUUACAGUAUAACAAAUUUUCAAGAUGUCGACGUCUGCGAUAUAUAUUUUAGACGUGAAGGGGAAGGUUUUGAUCUCACGAAAUUACCGUGGAGACAUAGAAACGGGUGUUAUAGAAAAGUUCAUGCCUCUCGUAAUGGAACGUGAGGAGGAGGGCAACCUUACUCCGAUUAUACAAACCGCAGAAUGCACAUAUGCAUAUAUAAAGUACAAUAAUUUGUAUAUUGUAUCCACUACAAAGAAGAAUGCAAACAUUUCCUUAGUAUUUGUAUUCUUGCAUAAAUUGGUGCAAGUGAUGCAAGAAUAUUUCAAGGAAUUGGAAGAAGAAAGCAUACGAGAUAAUUUUGUAGUCAUUUAUGAGCUUCUAGAUGAAUUAAUAGACUUUGGGUAUCCGCAAACCACGGAUAGUAAGAUAUUACAAGAAUACAUUACGCAGGAAGGUCAUAAACUUGAAAUCCAACCGCGCAUUCCCAUGGCUGUGACUAAUGCUGUAUCCUGGAGAUCAGAAGGUAUAAAGUACCGUAAAAAUGAAGUGUUCCUAGACGUGAUAGAGUCUGUGAAUCUUCUUGCAAAUGCUAAUGGAAAUGUUUUAAGUUCUGAAAUUGUGGGUGCAAUAAAGAUGAGAGUUUAUUUGUCUGGAAUGCCAGAAUUAAGACUUGGUCUUAACGACAAAGUAUUAUUCGAAUCUACAGGCCNCAAAUCUGUCGAACUGGAAGAUGUGAAAUUCCAUCAGUGUGUCAGAUUGUCUAGAUUCGAGAACGACAGAACAAUUUCAUUCAUUCCUCCCGAUGGAGAGUUUGAAUUAAUGUCUUACAGACUGAAUACACACGUAAAACCUCUGAUAUGGAUAGAAUCUGUCAUUGAGAGGCAUGCCCACAGCAGGGUAGAAUACAUGGUAAAAGCGAGAUCGCAAUUUAAGAGACGUUCUACAGCCAACAAUGUAGAAAUAGUAAUCCCAGUACCCAACGAUGCAGACUCUCCCAAAUUUAAGACUACCAUCGGUAGUGUUAAAUAUUCACCAGAGCAGAGUGCAAUAACUUGGUUCAUUAAGUCGUUUCCUGGUGGUAAAGAAUAUCUGAUGAGGGCACACUUUGGUCUACCAUCUGUCAUUGGGGAAGACGUGGAAGGGAAGCCACCAAUUCAAGUGAAAUUUGAGAUUCCGUAUUUCACUACUUCUGGAAUUCAAGUGCGUUAUUUGAAAAUUAUAGAAAAGAGCGGGUAUCAGGCACUACCAUGGGUGCGGUAUAUCACGCAAAAUGGAGAUUACCAGCUGAGGACGAAUUAAACGUAAGAAAUUUAUGAAGGGGAAAGGCAGAAUUUUUAACACGUUACGUUAAUGUUAAUAAAAAAUGCAAAGGUGAAAACUAGUCGGUUUGCUACGCUUAGUAUGCUUCCGAAUGUUUACAAUUAAUUUUAUGGUAAUUUUCGGAAACGAUCGUGAUCUGUAUAGGAAUUAAGAUCUUGUAGAAUGUAAAACUAGAAUUUGCGAUAUUGACCAAUAAUUUAUCGUCAUUGAUCUUUAUUUGUCGGAUUUAGUGUAAUUUUAAUCUUUUUUGCAGUUUUAAUACUCGUUAAUAUUUUGUACAUUUUCUUCAUGUUUUGUAUAUAAUUUCUUAGGAAUAUUUUCAAUAUUCUCCUCUCAUAUUACCAUAAAUCGCGUGCAAAGGCGAUGUACUUAAUUUAUUGACUAUAUGUUUUUCCCAUUCCAUAUUGCAAAUAUGUACUACAAAUAGUAUUUUCCACAUACAGGGGCAACUAUAGUAUACAUUUAAUUACCCAAUAUAAAAAAAGAGAAGAAUUGUAAAUAUGUAGGAAACCAUGGUAUUUGAAUGUCUUCAUGGAAUUGUUAACGAAUUAUAGGCAUUUUUCGGUAUUAAUAUAUGUGUAAGUUCUAAUAGUAUUACAAGUUUAUUAUUGUAUAUCAGUAUGACGAGAGAUAAUAAUGUUGUUAUUAUUGUAAACAAUGUAUUAGUAAUUUAAGACAUUGAGAUGUAUUAAAUUUUUAAUAA